UUGAAUAUUAUAUAUAUAUAUGUUGUAAAACUGGUUAAAUAGAUACAUAAAUAUAGAUAGGUUUAUAAAGAGACUGAAAUAGUAGAAGGUCUUCAGUAAUCAGCUAGUUCGAUCGAUCGUAACAUUGAAUAUUCCAUCAGUUUUUAUUUUGACGUAUAUACUUAUAUCUUCCGGUUGGUUUAAUUGUGCGGGUUUUCAAGUUUCAUUUUUAAGUAUAAAAAUUAAAAAAAAAGAAAAAAGUAUAAAUAAAUGAUGGCUUUGAAUAUUCAUAUCGAUUCGCCGAAAGUUAAAUAUACCGAAGAUUAUAUCGAAUCGGAAUACGAAUAUCAAACAACUAAUGUGUCAAAAGACGAUCACGACAAGUACACGGUAAAACCGGUAACAACGAAACUUUUGAUAAGAACCCAAAUAAAAGUUCCGAAACUUGGUGUUAUGUUAGUGGGUUUGGGUGGAAACAAUGGUACAACUAUAACGGCAGCUUUAUUAGCAAACAAACAUAAACUCACGUGGGAAACUAAAACUGGAAUUAAAAAAGCUAAUUGGUAUGGUUCAUUGCUUCAAGCAUCAACCGUUAAAUUAGGAAGCAAAGAUAAUCAAGAUGUAUUUGUACCAAUGUCAUCAAUGUUACCAAUGGUUAAUCCAAACGAUAUUGAAAUUGAUGGUUGGGAUAUUUCAAGUAUGAAUCUUGCCGAUGCCAUGGAACGUGCUAAAGUUAUAGACAUUAAUUUACAAAAACAACUGAAACCUUAUAUGAUUCAUAUAAAACCGAGAAAAAGUAUAUAUUAUCCUGAUUUUAUCGCAUCUAAUCAAAAAGAUAGAGCUGAUAAUGUUAUACAAGAAACAAAACUCGGACAAUUGACAUUGAUUAGAAAAGAUAUUGCGGAAUUUAAAGCGUCGAAAAAUUUGGAUCAAGUUAUCGUUUUGUGGACUGCUAAUACAGAGAGAUUUUCAAAUAUUAAUCCAGGAGUAAAUGAUACUGCUGACAAUUUAUUAAAAGCCAUUAAUGAAAAUCAUCCUGAAAUUAGUCCGAGUACAAUGUUCGCCGUAGCCGCGGCAUUAGAAGGGUGCACUUAUAUAAAUGGUUCACCACAAAAUACAUUUGUACCGGGUGCAAUUGAAUUGGCCGAAAGACAAGGAACGUUUAUCGGCGGUGAUGAUUUUAAAUCGGGCCAAACAAAAUUGAAAUCCGUUCUCGUUGAUUUCUUAGUGUCAGCAGGUAUAAAACCAGUAUCGAUCGUCAGUUACAAUCAUCUUGGAAACAACGAUGGUUACAAUUUAUCAGCACCUCAACAAUUUCGUUCGAAAGAGAUUUCUAAAAGCAACGUAGUAGAUGAUAUGGUUCAAUCUAAUCAAAUCUUAUACGAACCUGGUGAAAAACCAGAUCACUGUGUCGUUAUUAAAUAUGUUCCAUAUGUUGGUGAUAGCAAAAGGGCAAUGGAUGAAUACAUGUCAGAAAUAAUGCUUGGUGGUCAUAAUACUAUAGUAGUACAUAAUACUUGCGAGGAUUCUUUAUUGGCAAGUCCAAUUAUUUUAGAUUUGGUAUUACUUGCUGAAUUAUGUUCUCGUAUUACAUUCCGACAUGAGGAUGAAGGAGUAGAAGAAUCACGACGUUUUGAUAGUAUUCUUUCUAUCCUGUCAUAUUUGUUGAAAGCGCCAUUGGUACCAAAAGGUACACCUGUGAUAAAUGCAUUAUUCAGACAACGUGCUGCUAUAGAAAAUUUAUUAAGAGCAUGUCUUUCAUUACCACCGGAAAAUAACAUGCUUUUGGAAUAUAAAACUAAUCUAAAAAAGUCAUAAUAUCAAAUGAAUUUUUAUGCUUUGCUAAAGUAAAGUAUAUAUAUAAAUAUAUAUAGAUAUAUAUUAAAAAAAAAAAAAACAAAGUCAAAUUAAUAAAUAUGUUAUUUUGGAUAUAAUCAAACAGUAUAAAGGAACUCUCCGUUUAUCCAAAUCCCAUUAAUCCUGAUUUCCGGUUUAUAUUCUAAGUAUAAGAUACUUCUUUAUGAUAUAAAAGAAUCCUCUCAAGAACUGCAUUAUAUAUUGACAAUAUCCUUAUUGAAAUCAAAAUUUAUAAUCUAUGAAAAGAUACAUAAGUAUUUUAUUUUGUACUAUUUGAAUAUUUUUGUAAAAGCAUA